CUGUAUCACUUAUUCUCAUUAGGGUACAGUGGACGCUGGAGGCUUGGAGCAUUUCUUCAGCCAACAUUCACAUCUACGGACAAUGUCGAGACUUCAAUGAUAAGAAACAUGUUUCAGGAAUGUGGGGGAUAGGAGCCGGAGUACCCAGAGAAAAGCCACUCAAGCACGAGGAGAACAUGCAAACUUCACACAGGAAGGCCGGAGCACGGAUUUGAACCCCGACCGCAUAAUUGCGAGGCGAACGAGUUAACCACAAGAUUGCACCGUGCUACCUCACCUCACUGCAUUAACAGGAAAUGAGCCAAGUGUCAAUUAGAAUGCAACACUGACAUUCUGUUGUUCCACACUGGUUCCCCUUUUCCUCCCACUAAAUUGUUUGUCAUUUUGGCACCGCCAGAAGCCAGUGAACGCAUCACUGGCAGCGUGGGCAAGUGCGCAGGAGCAGCUCGCGGAGAAGUCAGAUGGAAAGAAGCAGCAGACGAGGAGGACCUCAUCAUGAGAGUCCACCCGACGUUCGCCUAAGAGAGGAGAGCAGGAGAAAGGGGACUAACUAAGGCAUUUGGAUGCAUGUUUCCACCCGUCCGGUCCAAAGCAGGACUGCAGAAAGAGAGAGCGAGAGAGCGAGAAGCCUGCAGCGAGUGCGCACCGAGCCUUUCCCCAAUCCUGGAAAUCUCGCUCAUUUUACGCGCUGGACGGAAGCGCGUGGAUGUGGAUUUUGAACUUUUGCGUUUGAGCAAACGCUCUCCUGUGAUGAGGAAGCCACAAGAAGUGGACACCUUAGCUUGUUGUGCGUAAUUUGUUUUUGUUGUUGUUUUUUUGUCUCCCCCGUCUGGUUUCUCGUAUGGCUUCCCUCGGCUGGCUUGUGAAAGUACACGCGCACUGGUGAUUAUUUCAUGGCUGCGGGGCGCAACGGGAGUCGUGCGUGGAGAAAGAGGACGGUGUGAGCAGCAGUAUGUCUGCACUCCGAAAGAAAUUCGGGGACGAUUACCAGGUAGUGACCACCUCCUCCAGCGGCUCUGGCUUCAGCAAGCAGGCGCCGGCGGAGAAGAAGCGCAAGCGGCAGCGCUUCGUAGACAAGAACGGCCGCUGCAACGUCCAGCACGGCAACCUGGGGGGCGAGACGAGCAGAUACCUCUCGGACCUGUUCACCACCUUGGUGGACCUGAAAUGGCGCUGGAACCUGUUCAUCUUCAUCCUCACCUACACGGUGGCCUGGCUCUUCAUGGCGUCCAUGUGGUGGUUCAUCGCCUACAUCCGCGGGGACCUGAACAAGGCGCACAACGACAAGUACACGCCGUGCGUGGCCAACGUCUACAACUUUCCCUCGGCCUUCCUCUUCUUCAUCGAGACGGAGGCCACCAUCGGCUACGGCUACCGCUACAUCACGGACAAGUGCCCCGAGGGCAUCAUCCUCUUCCUCUUCCAGUCCAUCUUGGGCUCCAUCGUGGACGCCUUCCUCAUCGGCUGCAUGUUCAUCAAGAUGUCCCAGCCCAAGAAGAGGGCCGAGACGCUCAUGUUCAGCGAGCACGCGGCCAUCUCCAUGCGUGACGGCAAACUCACGCUCAUGUUCCGCGUGGGAAACCUGCGCAACAGCCAUAUGGUCUCCGCGCAGAUCCGCUGCAAACUGCUCAAAUCUCGGCAGACCCCCGAAGGCGAGUUCCUUCCCCUGGACCAGUUGGAGCUGGACGUAGGCUUCAGCACGGGGGCGGACCAACUCUUUCUGGUCUCACCGCUCACCAUCUGCCACGUGAUCGACACCAAAAGCCCCUUCUACGACCUGUCGCAGAGCUCCAUGCAAACGGAGCAGUUUGAGAUCGUGGUGAUACUGGAGGGUAUUGUGGAGACCACGGGGAUGACGUGCCAAGCGAGGACGUCCUACACCGAGGACGAGGUUCUGUGGGGACACCGCUUCUUCCCGGUCAUCUCCUUGGAGGAAGGCUUCUUCAAGGUGGACUACUCCCAGUUCCACGCCACCUUCGAGGUGCCCACCCCGCCGUACAGCGUGAAGGAGCAGGAGGAGGCCCUGCUGCUCUCCUCACCCCUGAUGGCGCCGUCCCUGUGCAACAGCGGGGAGAAGAACAGCUCCCUGGACUGCCUGGAGACCCUGGAGGACAAUGACAGCACCACCAAGCUGCCCGCCAAGCUCCAGAAGAUCACGGGACGUGACGGCCUACCCAAAAAGCUGCUGAGGAUGAGCUCCACCACCUCGGAGAUGACUUACAGUUUCGGAGACCUGCCCAUGAAGCUGCAGCGAAUCAGCUCCGUGCCCGGCGUGUCCGACGACAAGCAGGGCGGGAAGGCCUCCAAAAUGAGCACAGAGCCCAUCAGCAAGUCGGUGGCGGACUUACCCCCCAAGCUGCAGCGGCUGGCCGGGGGAGGCAGGAUGGACGGACACCUGCCGCCCAAACUCAGAAAGAUGAAUUCAGAUCGCUUUACAUAAGGAAGACACCCGUCUUUAAACUUUCCUUGUGCUAUUCCUGAUUUAUGAAUUGACAACAUUCUUCUCAAUAUGUGCACAAAUACAAUCUGCGUAUAAAUUCCUUCUUUCCAUUUUCAACUGGCAAUUUAAAAAGUGACUCAUUAUUUUGUGGUUUGUUUUUAAAUCUAGCUUUAUCCCAAAAAAAGAAAAAGACCCAAAAAAAAUUCACUUUUUUUCAUGAUUCACUUUUAGGCUCAGAUAAAAUGCACAAAUGGGUCACAGGACUGAAUUUGAUUCUAAUACAGUGGUGCCUUCAGAUAAUGUACGAGUGACUCGACUUUAGAGUUUUUCAAGAUAUGAGCCAUCAUUUAGCCAAAUUUGUUUCAAAUUCUGUUUAAAUAUGUAUGUUUUUUGUUUUGUUUUUUUCUGGGAAGGCUGGAACCCAUUCAUGCCAAUUCACGUCCAGUUUACACAAAUUAAUUUUUGGAGCCUAUUAUUCAUAGAAAACCUUGCCUUAUUCACGUUUUUAUGAAGUAUACAGUAAGUCUGAAUAUUUUUUUCAUGGCAAGAUACUGUCCACAGUGUGUUUCUAAGUAUGUGAAAUGCCAUGAGCCUCUUCCCAAGUCUUUUGGAAUGACGGUUUGUGGUAUGUUGAUAGUUUGAAGUUUACUUUUAAAAAUAGGCAAUUCUAAUCACUUUUGGGGAAACCUCUGCCAUUUGCAGAUUUUUGCUAUUCUCAGUCAAACUCUGCCUUGGUUUUUGUUGAACACUUAGGCCUAGUACUUUAUUUUAACCGUGGUUAUUAUGGUGGGAUUUGGAGAGCUAUUUUUUGAGGUUACAUUUGGUGAAAAGUGUUUGAGAACCACUGCUAUAAACAAUACACAAUUGUCCAGGUUAUAAUAUGCAAGUUGUCUUAUUGUGGCGGCUAACACGCUCACAUAGAGUGUACCACUGAACAUAUGGAUGACGCAAACCAAACCAAUUAAAUAUUAAAAUCAAACUCAGUCAGUGGCCUGUUUUUCAAGUAUUUUUGAUCUGAGCCUAAAAUUGAAUUUGGAAAAAUGCUUACCUUUCUUUUUGUUAAAUAACAAAUAACACAAUAAUGAGUGACUUUUUCCUUUUUUUAAUGAUUUACUUUUGAUUGGCAGUUGAAAAUGAAAAGAGCGAAUGAUACACAGAUUCGAUGUAGUGGAGCACAUCUUGUUCCGGAUGUAUGGUGUGUACAUGCAACGAUGAGAGACCUCGGACUCUUUAGGACAGUGUACAAUUAGCACAAUCAGGCAUGUAAGAAAACAGCGCAUGUAGAACUGAAUCUCAAUAACUCCUGGCAUGUUAUCUUUAUUUAUUAAAAAAAAAAAAUCCAUUAAUGAAUCUACAGAGAGUGGAAAAUUGCACAAAGCCAUACAAUUUAAAACCAACAUGUCAUGAUUCUAGUUUGUGGCGACGAGCGGCACAUAACAUUUGUUCCUUGAGUUUCUUGCUUUUGUUGUUUAAUGUAAAGUUGUGACGAUGUUCUGUUGAUUGCAUGCUCCUUUUAUUGACUAUACAAAAGGUAAUAGACAAAGAUGUUUUAGCCUUAAACUAUAUUACCUUGUUUCCAUCUUCAUGUUCGUUCACUGUAUUUCUUUGCUCUUUCAUAGGCGUGCUAUUUUGCCAUGUGCCAUUUUUAAUGACUCUGUUUGUUGCACAAACAUGAUGGAUAUUUUGUUCAACGAUGCCUUCGACACUGCAUCUCAUGUCCCACCUGAAAUGGGCACAAAAAGCUACGCAAUUUCCACAUGUUUAUUAAAGUCACGUUUCAGUUCAAAGGGUCUCUCCCUCUACUUGAUAAGCACAACGCAAUCACUCGUUGAGGCGAGCUCAUAUCAAUUAGCAUUUAAGUAUGGAAAGCCGUUUGAGCAUUCAUUUUAUAUCCAUCUUAAGGUCCAUGCACUAGUGCGUUCUUUGUCCUCACUAGUAAGACAAUUCUGUAGAACGACUGUGUCUUUCUGGUCAAGUUUUUUUUUUACGACUAGGGCCAGUUUUAACCUACUCUGACCCAAUUAAAUCUUAAUAGUAACCGAUGUUGCUACACUAGUAAUACUUCAAGGCCCAACUACAGUAGCAGGCAUGUGUUAUGUACUAGCAGCCUCCUGGACCCUACCAGUUGCACCAAAAUGCCCACUGGUUGUUUUGCCUCACUGGUAAUAUGUAGUUCUACUACUAAAAUGUCAAAGUUGUCCUAGUAUGUAGAAAUGUCAUACUGUAGUAGAAGGCAGUAGUGGAAAACUUUACUUGUAAGAUGCAGUAGCUUAAUUGUCUUACUAGUGAGGGCAAACGGCAUACUCGUACCUGGACCUAAAUGCUCAUAGCCAUUUAUUUUCUAUCCACCUUGUGGUCUAUGCACUACUAUUCUCUUUCUCCUCACGAGUAGGACAACUUUGGCAUAUUAGUAGGAUGAGUGCACAGUUUUGCUACACUAGUAACAUGUAGUUGAUUGACUAGCAUGGAAAAAUUGUCCUAGUUAUGUGCAGAAAUGUCAUACAGUAGUGGAAGGCAUUAGUGGAAAAAGAAUGUUACUAGUAAGACAGUUGUUCUACUAUUGCACUUGAUUGUCUUACUAGUGAGGACCAAGAGUGUACUAGUACAUGCACCUAAAUGCUUAUAAAGCCAUUUGAUGAUUUAGUUGAUAUAUUCAAUAACCAGCUUAAGGUCCAUGGCAUACCAGAACUCUCUUUGUCCUCACUAGUAAGACAAUUCCGUGCACUAGUAGAACAACUGUGUCAUGCUAGUAACACUUUUCUUAAGCUUUAUGUAAUGGAUAUCGAGUCAAUGCUCAAACCAUUUAUGGAAAGCUAUGUGAGCAUUUAUUCUAUAUCUUUGAUAGCCAGUUUAAGCUUAAGGUCCAUGAACUAGUAAGCUCUUUGUACUCACUGGUAGGACAACAUUGGCAUACUAGUCGGACAACUACAUGUUACUAAUGAGGCAAAGCUGUGCAGUAGUUGACAACUGUGUGCUACUGGUGACAUUAUAAAAUUCUACUUGUUAACAUCUAGCACAUCACUAGUAGUAAUAGUAGCUUGCAGAUAUCAACAAGUAACAAUUUUUCCUGCUGGUGAGCAGAAAUGUCAUACAGUAGUGGAAUAUAAUAGUGGAAGAAUUAUUACUGAUAAGACAGUCGUUCUAUCACUGUCCUGAAUCGUGCUACUAUUGAGGACAAAGAGUCUACUAGUACAUGGGCCAUAAGAUAAAUAUCAAGGAUAUGGAAUAAAUGCUUAAAUGGCUUUCACUAUUUUUGGGUAUUUUGUCAAAUAAGACAGUCAGUAGAUCAGUUACCUUGCUGUUCCGCCCGGUGAUACAACGGUCGAUCUUCAUGGUCACACACGAGUUCCAGUGAGAAGCUAGUGCAGCAGUCUCCUUGAUGAAAGCAAUAAUACCAAACCCAUAAUCUCUAUGAAGUCACAGCCCCAUUUUCAUUGUUGACUGAACCCAUCACAUUAUGAUUUGGUUCACAAUGCAUUCCAAUCGUUGUAUAUUACCCAAUCUCUUCAGGAAUAAAGA